GUGUGUGUGUGUGUUGCUUGUCAUCAGUGUGUCCUUGACUGCAUAGACCAGCAGCAGGUUAGCUAGAGAGCUACAAAGCGCCGGAUUGGACCAGCUAAAAGGGAACGCAGCAAAAAGCGUACGAAUCGACCUAACCUAACGCGCUCCAAAAAGUGGCCAUGGCUUUCUUGAUCAAGAGCAUGAUCGGGAACCCGCUGUCGGGAAUUGGCCUCGGCGGCGGAGGCGACAAGGAGGAGGAGGCCACCCCCACGGACCCGGCCAAGGCGGCGGGGAUGACACGGGAGGAGUACGAGGAGUACCAGAAACAGGUGGUGGAGGAGAAGAUGGAGAGGGAUGCGGAUUUCUUGCACAAGAAAGCCGAGAGGGCGACGCUGAGGGUGUGCCUGAGGGAAAAGUACAGGCUGCCUAAGAGCGAGCAGGACGAGAACAUGAUCGAGAUGGCCGGCGACGACGUGGACGUGCCCGAUGACCUGCUCAAGAUGGUGGACGAGGACGCCACGGAGGAGGAGGGCAAGGACUCCCUCAUGGGCCAGAUUCAGAACUUGCAGAACAUGGACAUGGACCAACUGAAGGAGAAGGCGUCGGCCACCGUCACCGAGCUCAAGACCAAAGCCGAGGAGAAGUGCGCUGUAAUGUGAGGCGGCGACCAGGAAGAGGACGAAGACCUGUGAUGCUUUGGAGUCGAACUACGGUGCAAUGCGAAAGCCACCAUUAGAUUUGUUGUUUUAGCAACGCUUUUUGUUUGUUUCAUUAACAGCCUACUCCCUGCUUCAUGGGGGAUGACAAAAUAAUACCAUUAACCACACAAAUGGCGAAAAUAAAUGUAUGUAUUUGCACUUUA